AAGUAUUAAUAAGCCACACACAGGUGGUGGUGGCACGUAGGGAAAGGAGAAACUCUUAAUACCGCGACAUGCCGGCAGUCACUUCAUAGUUCUUGGUUCAUGAAAUGAGGGUCUUUUCCAUCAUCUUUUCCAUCUUUUCCAUCACCAAGGAAGCCGAUGCAGGUCAUCAAGCAGCCAUCGCGUACCAGGCAGCGUAUCCCUAAGAGAUGCAGCUGUGACCAAGACAGACUCAGUGGCUAACACUGGGGCUUAGAUACUAAGGACAUGGAGUCGUGAAUCACAUUCCUGGCGAGGGAUUGACCUCAGCUGUGAUGAGCACUGACCAAGAAGAGGCCACUGGGCUCAGCGCGAGAGGAGACAGGUUACUGGGUUCCUGCCAGUCCUUCGGGAGCUGAUCAAGAUUUCGGCCAAACGUGGGGGUGAUGAAUAGCCUGAGGGUCAUUCUUCAAGGCUCUCCAUACAAAUGGCUGUGGAGAAGGUUCCAGCUUCCGAGGUCUGUGCCAGCGAGGCCCUGCAGCCUCUACACCUGCACGUACAAAACCCGGAACCGAGCCCUGCACCCACUCUGGGAGCGUGUGGACCUGGUCCCGGGGGGCGAGCGCCAGUCGCCCAUCAACAUCCGAUGGAGGGACAGUGUCUUCGAUCCUGACUUAAAACCGCUCACCAUCUCUUAUGACCCAGCCACCUGCCUCCACAUCUGGAAUAACGGGUACUCUUUCCUCGUGGAAUUUGAAGAUUCUACAGAUAAGUCAGUGAUCAAGGGAGGACCCUUGGAACAUAUCUACCGAUUGAAGCAGUUCCAUUUUCACUGGGGGGCCAUUGAUGCCUGGGGCUCCGAGCAUACUGUGGACAGCAAAAGUUACCCAGCAGAGCUGCACCUGGUGCAUUGGAAUGCAGUCAAAUUUGAAAACUUUGAGGACGCAGCACUGGAAGAAAAUGGUUUGGCAGUGAUAGGAGUAUUUUUAAAGCUAGGCAAAAAUCAUAAAGAGCUACAGAAACUGGUGGAUACUUUGCCAUCCAUUAAGCAUAAGGAUGCCCUUGUGGAAUUUGAAUCAUUCGACCCUUCCUGCCUGAUGCCCACCUGCCCGGAUUACUGGACCUACUCAGGGUCCCUGACUACCCCGCCACUCUCAGAGUCCGUCACCUGGAUCAUUAAGAAGCAGCCCGUAGAAGUUGAUCAUGAUCAGCUUGAGCAGUUCCGGACCCUGCUUUUCACUUCGGAGGGGGAGAAAGAGAAAAGAAUGGUGGACAACUUCCGCCCCCUCCAGCCCCUAAUGAAUCGCACUGUCCGCUCAUCUUUCCGUCAUGAUUAUGUGCUGAAUAUACAAGUGAAACCCAAGCCAUCUACCAGCCAAGCGACCCCCUAAGACACCCACAUCUAGGUGAUAUUUUGCUUUAAUACAUACUAGCUUUUAAAAAAUUAACUAUAACUAUUCUAAACACUUGCACUUAAUAGUAAUGAUAUAUGCGCAUUUCUUGAUAUGGCAGUGCUCCUUCAGUCUUUUAUUAAUAAUGAUGUUUAUCACUGAAGCAGCAGCAAGACACACAAGUUUCUAUUAUAGCAACCUGUUGGUUAUCAUAAUGCAUAAUGUCUUUUUAUGUCUGACAUUUUUGAGCUGUUUUUAUGUUUAUCAAUUAAUGGUUCUAUAGAGUUUAAGUAGAGAUGAUAAUCAAAAUAUUUCACCACUGGUAAGACAGACACUGACCAUCCAGAAUAUAGGCCUUUCAGAAACAGCCUUGGAGCCCAGACUGGUACUUCCUGGUUGAACAUUGGCCAUGGUUUUAGGUAUAUUUUAUUUCAAAACAUGAAUGAGUUUUCUUUUAUAAGGCCUUCUCAAUGUGCAUAUUUGCCCCAUCUUUAGUUACCUUACUAGUAUACGAUAUGCUGACUUACUAUCGAUUUAUGAUACAGAAAAAAUAUUUUGUAAUCCUAAGAAAACAAGGAUUUAAUUAUAUCUGGAAAUCCUUUUACAUUUCUGAAGAUCAGAUAUUUUACUUAAAGCCUUGAUCAUAUAGAAACCAUACGCAGUAUAGAACAUUUUAAAGAAAAUGCUUGAAGUGCCUAGAACUUAGAAAUCUUUCAUGAUAUACUGGGGGUGCCCCCCAAAAAUGUACAUAUUUUAAGAGAUGUUAUCUAUGUAUCACUUUUUGAAGUUGAAUUGGAUUACAGUAACAAUGUGUCAUAUGAUGUUCACUCAAAAUAUGGCGUUAAUCAAAUGAAUGCUAGCGUCAUUCAUUGUAUUACAAUUUUAAUAAUUUUUUUCCUUCCUUAAAAUGUGUAUACAUUAUUUCGGCACCCUCUGUAUUUACAGAAGUAUUUUUCAAAUGACUAGUAAUAUACUAGUCUAUAGUUUAUAGUAUUAUUUUUGCAUUAUUUGUACACUGUUUCAAAGAAUUUGAUAAUAUUUUCCACAAUGACAGAACUAUCUUGGUUUCCCUUUAAAACUGUCUGAACUUUAUUUCAUUAGUUGAGGUUCUGUACAAAGCAGGUGAUCAACAUAAAUCUCCCAAUUUAUACAGUGCUUUGAAGACUUUAGCCACAGUAAUAGGGGGAGAAACUUGUCGGGUAGGCUAAAAUCUAGAUAAUUCUACAUAUUCCGAGGAAUCCACGCCACUAUUGCCCUUGCUUGUAAAUGUCUUGGAAUGUUUCUAAUUCCCUAUAAGCCUGUGGUCAGACUCAAUAUUGCAUUAACUAGUAGUAUUUCUUUCAUUAAUAUGUUAGUCAUCUGGUCUGCAAGAUAGGGUUGGAGAAAUACACUUAACACUACUGAACCGUACACUAAAAAAGGUUAAGAUGGUAAAUUUUAUAUCAUGUGUAUUUUACCACAAUUGAAAAUAAAUAAUAAAUUCAGUAGGAAUAAAAGAUAGGGUUGGAGUUGCGUGUGCAACUUUGGGGGGAUAUCUCUGCUCUAAAGGAGGUAUGGGGGUGGGGGUAAAGGCAUUUGCUUCUAGGGACAUGCCUUCUCUGGGAAAGGGAAGCAAGUAUACCCCAGGAAAUGAAUACAAUUCUUACAAAGGUAAAUGUGGGGAAAAAGUUCAUGUUAACUUAAUACAAUUGAUAUGUUUCAAACCAUACUUAUCUUUAAAAGGGUAAACACAAGAUAAUGCAUUAUUCUGGGCACACAGGCUUCCCUCCUAGGCCUCUUGCAAACUCUUAGUGCAAAAUCCUACUGCAGUAAGUCUUCCAAAUUGGAGCGAGAACCAAUAUACAGAAUGCCCAACUUACCCUCACAUCCUAAAGAUACAAAGGAUGUACCCUUGAACGACAUGGGUUUAAACUACAUGGGUCGGUCCACUUAAUGUGGAUUUGUUUUCAAUAAAUACAUACAGUAUUGUAAACGUAUUUUCCUUACAAUUUUCUUAACAGUUUCUGUUCUCUAGCUUUAUUGUAAGAAUACAGUAUAUAGUACAUAAAACAUACAAAGUAUGUGUUCAUCAGCUGUUUAUGUUAUCAGUUAGGUUUCUGGUCAGCAGUAGGUUAUUAGUAGUUAAGUUUUGGGGGGAGUCAAAAGUUAUAUGUGGAUUUUCGACUGUGCAGGGAUGUCGGCACCCCUCACCCCCGCCCCCAUGUUGUUGAAGAGUUAACUGUAUUUAUAGGGUGUGUCGAAGUUUGCCACUCCUGAUUUAUUUACACCUGACCUUCUGGUGUAAUUAUUAACAGCACCCUCUGUCACCCUUAACCAUGUGCUGGUUUACAUGAUAAAUUCUCGGUCACCUUCCCAGCAGAGGUUAUGGAAACUGCUCUGGGGGUGUGGUUUCAUGCAUGCCUUAGUCAUCUGCCCCCCAAAGGGUGCUAGAGAUUCCCUGGCUACUGAUGCACCCUAGCAAGAAACUUUUUAUGUUUUUUAUGCCUCCCAAGUGUUUUACUUGUAUCUUCCUAGACCCGAAGAGGAAAAAUUGGCUUGAGAUCUGUCAAAGGGCUUGAGAAAGAAUUUUGUAUUAAAAUUGCUGCUCAUCUUCAUCAAAGAAUAUAGAUUAA